CAACAAUCAAAGGAUUAUAUUUGUCAUUGUAACUAAAUGCUACAUACAGUUGAAGCCAGAAGUUCACAUACACCAUAGCCAAAUACAUUUAAACUCAGUUUUUCACAAUUCCUGACAUUUAAUCGUAGAAAACAUUCCCUGUCUUAGGUCAGUUAGGAUCACUAUUUUAUGAGUGUGAAAUGUCAGAAUAAUAGUAGAGAGAAUGAUUUAUUUCAGCUUUCAUUUGUCAUUUAUGUUUACAUACAAUUUUAGUAUUUGGUAGCAUUGCCUUUAAAUUAUUUAACUUGGGUCAAACGCUUUCAUUAGCCUUCCACAAGCUUCACACAAUAAGUUGCUGGAAAUUUGGUCCAUUCCUAAAGACAGAACUGGUGUAACAGAGUCAGGUUUUUUGGCCUUUGUAGGCUGAUUUCUUUUGAUUUUCCCAUGAUGUCAAGCAAAGUAGGACAGAGUUCAAAGGUAGGCCUUAAAAUAUAUCCACAAAUACACUUCCAAUUCAGUACACCUCCUAUCAGAAGCUAAUUGUCUAAAGGCUUAACAUCAUUUUCUGGAAUUUUCCAAGCUGCUUAAAAGCACAGUUAACUUAGUGUAUGUAAACUUCUGACCCACUGGAAUUGUGAUAUAGUCAAUUUAAAGUGAAACAAUCUGUCUGUAAACAAUUGUUGGAAAAAUUACUCGUGUCAUGCACAAAGUAGAUGUCCUGAAAGACUGGUCAAAACUAUAGUUUGCUAAUAUGAAAUCUGUGGAGUGAUUAAAGUUAGUUUUAAUGACUUCAGCCUAAGUGUAUUGCUCCCUUAUUCUUGAUAUUGGAUUAACAUACAGGCAUUAUAAACUCAGCAAAAAAAAAAAAAAAAAAAAAGUCCUCACUUUCAACUGCUUUUAUUUUCAGCAAAAAUAACAUGUGUAAAUAAUUGUAUGAACAUAAAAAGAUUCAACAACUAAGACAUAAACUGAACAAGUUUCACAGACAUGGAGGGAUUGUGCGUUCCUGGUGUAACUUGGGCAGUUGUUGUUGCUGUUGCCAUCCUGUACCGGUCUUGCAGGUGUGAUAUUCGGAUGUACUGAUCCUGUGCAGGUGUUGUUACACGUGGUCUACCACUGCGAGGACAAUCAGCUGUCCUUCCUGUCUCCCUGUAGCGCUGUCUUAUGCGUCUCACAGUAUGGGCAUUGCAAUUUAUUGCCCUGGCCACAUCUGCAGUCCUCAUGCAGCAUGCCUAAAGCACGUUCACGCAGAUGAGCAGGGACCCUGGGCAUAUUUCUUUUGGUGUUUUUCAGAGUCAGUAGAAAGGUCUCGUUAGUGUCCUAAGUUUUUAUAACUGUGACCUUAAUUGCCAACCGUCUGUAAGCUGUUAGUGUCUUAAUGACCAUAACACAGGUGCAUUUUCUUUAAUUGUUUAUGGUUCAUUGAACAAGCAUGAAAAACAUUGUUUAAACCCUUUACGAUAAAGAUCUGUAAAGUUAUUUGGAUUUUUACAAAAUUAUCUUUAAAAUACAUUGUCCUGAAAAAGGGACGUUUCUUUUUUUUGCUGAGUUUACAAAUCAAUAAAUGUUACACUUAAAGAUAACGCUGGAACUGUAACGUCCACAUAAUAAAACAUUGAUCUAUGUCUUAUUAUUUUUCGGGUCUGUAAAUUAGAUUAAACCAAUGCUAAACACUGCCUGAUUAGAUCCCGAAUAUUAUUAGCUUUCUGAGCAGAGUAAAAAGAUAUCCUUUAAAUCAAAGCGUGUCGCUGGAUGUAUCAAACUGUCUUUGAAUCGGUAUGGCCAGCAGGUGUCGCUGUUUCCCGUGUAAUUGACGCACUAUAGCGCGCACUGAGAGGCAGCGUCUCGCUGAAAAGUAGCGCUGGAGCUGGGACGAGCUCAAACCUGUGUUGUUUGGGAUGUCGGGAUUAAAUAUGGCCACUAGCAAGCUGCUCUUACAGUAACAGUAACCACUUCAGAAAGCCGUGACAUAUGGAUGGAAAGGGCGCAGGAGGAUCUCUUUAGAGCUGUUCUCACUGAAGCCGAAACACAUAGGCUGCCCUGGGCUGGCUUCGGCCUCAAAAAGCCUCUAAAGAUGAAUAUGGUGAAGAGGAUCAUGGGGCGGCCGCGGCAGGAGGAGUGCAGCCCGCAGGACAACGCGCUGGGUCUCAUGCACCUGCGUCGCCUCUUCUCUGAGCUCUGCCACCCACCGCGCCACAUGACACAAAAAGAGCAGGAGGAGAAACUCUACAUGAUGCUGCCUGUUUUCAACCGGGUGUUUGGGAACGCUGCACCGAGCACAAUGAAUGAGAAGUUCUCAGACCUGCUGCAAUUCACCACACAGGUGUCAAGGCUAAUGGUGACAGAGAUCAGACGGAGAGCGUCCAAUAAAUCAACAGAGGCUGCCAGCAGAGCCAUUGUGCAAUUUUUGGAGGUAAAUCAGAGUGAAGAGGCGAGUCGGGGCUGGAUGCUUCUGACAACCAUGAACCUGCUGGCCUCCUCCGGACAGAAAACGGUGGACUGUAUGACCACCAUGUCGGUGCCCUCCACGCUGGUGAAAUGUCUGUACUUGUUUUUUGACCUGCCCCACAUGCCCGAGGUUCCUGCUGCCACCCAGACUGAGCUUCCCCUGGCCGACCGCAGAGCUCUGCUGCAGAAAGUCUUUGUCCAGAUCCUUGUAAAGCUGUGCAGUUUUGUUUCCCCGGCAGAGGAGCUGGCCCAGAAGGAUGAUCUACAGUUGCUCUUCAGUGCCAUCACCUCCUGGUGCCCACCCCACAACCUGCCCUGGAGGAAGAGUGCAGGAGAAGUGCUCACUACCAUCUCUCGUCAUGGACUGAGCAUCAAUGUCGUCAAGUAUAUCCACGAUAAAGAGUGUUUGUCGACGUGUAUCCAUAAUAUGCAGCAGUCAGAUGACCUCUCCCCUCUGGAGAUUGUAGAGAUGUUUGCUGGGCUCUCCUGUUUCUUGAAGGACUCAAGUGAUGUCUCACAGACACUGUUGGAUGACUUCCGCAUGUGUCAGGGCUACACCUUCCUCAUAGAUCUGAUGAUCAGGUUGGAGCAGGCCAAAGAGGAUGAAUCCAAAGAUGCUCUAAUGGACCUGGUCAACCUGGUGACCGCUCUGACCACAUAUGGUGUUAGUGAGCUGAAACCAGCUGGCCUUACCACCGGAGCACCCUUCCUGCUUCCAGGUUUUGUGGUCCCACAACCUUCUGGGAAAGGCCAUACAGUCAGGAACAUCCAGGCCUUUUCUGUGCUUCAGAACGCCUUCUUGAAAGCCAAGAGCGGUCAGUUAGCACGUAUGAUUCUUGAAGCCAUUGCCAACAUCUAUGCUGCCGACUACGCCAACUAUUUCAUCUUAGAGGCACAACACACGCUAUCACAGUUUGCCGAGCGAGUAGCAAAGCUGCCUGAGGUGCAGACCAAGUACUUUGAACUGCUAGAGUUUGUUGUCUUUGGACUCAAUUACAUACCAUGCAAAGAGCUUUUUAGUGUUAGCGUGCUGUUAAAGUCGAGCACUUCCUACGGAUGCAGCAUCACAGCUACUCGGACUCUUCUCAAGCUUGGACGCCACCACCCUGUCUUCAGUGAUGUCUUCCGUGAAGUUGGACUGCUUGAAGUGCUAGUUAACCUGCUCCACAAAUAUGCAGCACUUUUAAAAGAUCCAACACAAGCACAUAGCGAGCAGAGAGAUGCAAAGAACAAUGUGGCGGAAGAGCAAAAGCAGCUUGCCUGGCUUGUCAUGGAGACACUCACAGUCCUUUUGCAAGGCUCAAACACCAAUGCAGGUUUGUUCCGUGAGUUUGGAGGUGCACGAUGCGUGCACAAUAUCGUGAAGUACCGUCAGUGUCGUGAGCAUGCUCUAAUGAUCAUUCAGCAGCUGGUUCUGUCGCCGUCUGGUGAUGAUGACAUGGGCACGCUGCUUGGCCUAAUGCACUCCGCACCGUCAACAGAACUACAGCUCAAAACUGACAUAUUGCGGGCUUUGCUAGCUGUGCUGCGCGAGAGCCACCGUACACGUACUGUCUUCCGCAAGGUGGGCGGCUUUGUGUACGUGACCUCACUGCUGGUUGCCAUGGAGCGUUCUCUCUGUUCUCCACCUGUCAGCGGUUGGGAGAAGGUCAACCAGAACAAAGUCUUUGAACUUCUACACACCGUAUUCUGCACACUAACAGCAGCCAUGCGUUACGAACCUGCCAACUCGCACUUCUUUCGCACCGAGAUCCAGUACGAGAAGCUGGCUGAUGCAGUGCGACUAUUGGGUUGUUUUUCUGAUGCUAAGAAAGUUGGUCCAGUGACCGUGUUCCCCUCAAACGCCCAACCAUUCCAGCGAUUACUUGAGGAUGAGAUCAUACCUCCAGAAAACGUGUGUCCCACACUCAAACACUGCAGCAAGCUGUUCAUUUACCUAUACAAGAUGGCCACCGAUUCAUUUGACAGUCGUGCUGAGCAGUUGCCUCCCUGCUUGACUCAUGAGACCUCACUGCCCUCUCCUUGGGGCACGCCAGCAAUCUCCAGGAAGAGACAUGGCUACCACAGCUCAUCCAACUCUGCUCCCAGUAAAGCCCUAACAGACCUAAAGCUGCACUUGGGAAAUCCAUUGCAACACUCUUCAGACCCUGUAGUCAUCCAGCCUGGAGCAGUGUUGGCAAUGCUCGACCUUCUACCCUCCGUUUCUUCUGACACACAGCCUGAGCAUGCUCUGGACCUUCAGCUAGCAGUUGCUAACAUCCUGCAGCUGCUGGUGCACUCAGAGAGAAACCAGCAGAUCCUGUGUGAGGCGGGUCUGCACUCACGCCUGCUUCAGCGCUGCAGCUGCGCUUUAGGAGAUGAAGAUCACCCACUCCACCCACCGCUGCAGAGGAUGUUUGAGCGACUGGCCUCCCAGGCCCUACAGCCCAUGGUGCUUAGGGAAUUUUUGCGGCUAGGGAAUCCUCUGAAUUGCGGUGCCUGGGACAAAAAGCUCCUGAAGCAGUACCGGGUCCACAAGCCGAGCUCCCUCAGCUAUGAAGCUGAAAUGCGAAACAGCAUGACCUUGUCCAUGGAGGGUUUUGGGCCGGACAGUGUGUUCACUAUUAAUGAGAACAACAGCCAAUACCGAAUCAGCAGAAGUCUGGUUCGCUCGGCCGAGGGUAGCACCGUUCCCCUCACCCGAGUCAAGUGCCUGGUCUCCAUGACAACGCCCCAUGAUAUCCGUCUCCAUGGCUCCUCUGACACGCCUGCGUUCGUGGAGUUUGACACAUCAUUAGAGGGAUUUGGCUGUUUGUUUUUGCCCAGUCUGGCCCCUCACAAUGCACCAUCCAGCAAUGCCAACACAUCAGGAGUCAGUGAUGGGGCGGUGGUCAGCGGCAUGGGAAACGGCGAGCGCUUAUUUCCACCCCCAUCCGGCCUGAGCUACUCGACAUGGUUUUGUGUUGAACACUUCAGCACGCCACCCCAGAGCCACGCUGUACGUCUUCUCACAGUGGUGCGAAGGGCCACCUCGUCUGAGCAGCACUACGUGUGCCUAGCCAUUGUGCUCUCCGCUAAGGACCGAUCUCUCAUUGUGUCCACCAAGGAAGAGCUGCUUCAGAGCUACAUGGAUGACUUCAGUGAGGAGUCCUCCUUCUAUGAGAUCCUUCCCUGCUGUGCUCGCUUCCGCUGUACUGACCUCAUCACUGAGGGACAGUGGCACCACCUGGUGUUGGUUAUGAGCAAAGGAAUGCUGAAGAACAGCAUGGCAACUCUCUACAUCGAUGGCCAGAUGGUCAGCACAGUCAAGCUACACUAUGUUCACAAUGCUCCUGGUGGUUCUGCCUCCACAAACCCACCUGUGCUGAGCACGGUGUACAGCUACAUUGGUACACCACCGGCCCAACGCCAGCUCUCUGCGCUAAUCUGGCGACUGGGGCCCACACACUUUUUGGAAGAGGUGCUGACUGCUGCCAGUGUGGCUGCCAUCUACGAGCUGGGGCCCAAUUAUGUGGGCAGUUUCCAAGCUGUUUACUUGCCCUGUAAAGACUCAAAGACUGAGGCUGUGCCGUCCUGUCCUGUUGCAUUGGUACCCGAGGAGAAGGUCUCCUUUAGUCUCUUUGCACACUCAGUCUCUACUCUCACUGUGGCCAAAAUCAGAAAGUUCUACAACAAACUGGACAGCAAAGCCAUCGCCAAGCAGUUGGGGGUUUCCUCUCAUGAAAGUGCCACACCAGUCAAGCUAGUCCAUAAUGCUGUGGGGCAUCUCAAUGGACCAGCCAGAACCAUUGGAGCAGCAGUCAUUGGUUACCUUGGUGUGCGUGCUUUCGUAACCAAACCAGUUGCCACCAACCUCCAGUACACUGGAGGGGCUGCAGCCAUUUUGGGCCUGGUUGCCAUGGCGUCAGACGUGGAGGGUCUUUACGCAGCAGUUAAAGCACUAGUGUGUGUCGUCAAGAGCAACCCACUAGCUAGCAAGGAGAUGGAGCGUAUCAAAGGGUACCAGCUGUUGGCCAUGUUACUGAAGAAGAAACGUCCUCUGUUGAACAGCCAUAUCCUGCACUUGACCUUCUCCCUGGUUGGCACCGUGGAUAGUGGCCACGAGACCUCCAUCAUCCCAAACACCACAGCCUUUCAGGAUCUACUGUGUGAUUUUGAGGUUUGGCUUCAUGCUCCUUAUGAACUUCACUUGUCUCUCUUUGAGCACUUCAUUGAACUUCUUACUGAAUCCAGUGAGGCUGCUAAAAAUGCCAAAUUGUUGCGGGAGUUCCAGCUGAUCCCCAAACUGCUGCUGACACUGAGGGAACAGUCUCUGUCUCAGCCCACCAUUGCUGCCAUCGGCAAUGUCCUCAGUCUGCUACUGCAGGGCUUUCCCAACUCAUAUGACCUGCUCAGAUUUGGGCAGUUCACCUCUUCAACAUUGCCGACAUUUGCAGUCUGUGAGAAGUUUGUCGUUAUGGAGAACACCAAUGAGGAGAAGAUUGACAGAGGAGUUGAUGAUGAGUUUGGAGGCCUCCUGUCAUCCAACCUGAUUCUUCUAAGGAACAGACUCCUGGACAUCCUGCUCAAGCAGCUCUUCAGCUGUAAAGAGAAGAAAACUGUUAAUGCACAGGCAUGCGAGGAGCUUGUACGCACCUUGGGUUUUGAUUGGUUGCUGAUGUUUAUGGAAGAGCACAUUCACUCUAGCACGGUGACGGCGGCUCUCUUGAUCUUGGUGGUGUUGAUGAGUAACCAAUCCAUCCUGAACCGGUUUAAAGAAGGUCUGUCUGGUGGAGGCUGGCUGGACCACACUGACUCUGUGCUCACUAAUAAGAUUGGCACUGUUCUGGGCUUUAACGUGGGUCGCAGUGCAGGGGGCAGGUCAACAGUGCGUGAAAUCAACCGAGAUGCCUGCCAUUUCCCAGGAUUCCCUGUGUUGCAAACACUACUGCCCAAACACACCAAUGUCCCAGAGAUCUACUUCCUGCUCAUGGCCCUCUUCCUUCAGCAGCCAAUCACAGAGCUGCCUGACAGCCUGCAGUUUGACCUGGACUCUAUCUGGAUGUUUAUAUUUGGCGUCCCAGCCUCCAGUGCUACAGUGGUGGGUUCCAUUCACAACAUGUGCACUGAAGCAGCGUUCCUUCUCUUGGCCAUGCUGCGCAGUAUGCUCAACCUGCCCUGGCAGUCAGAGGAGGAGGGAUCGUGGCUGAGAGAAUAUCCCAUCACGCUCAUGCAGUUUUUCCGUUACCUCUACCACAACAUUCCAGACCUGGCACCCAUGUGGCACAGUUCAGACUUCCUUUGUACACUUGCUGCUACAGUUUUCCCUUUCAAUAUUCGCCCCUACUCAGAGAUGGUGACUGACUUGGAUGAUGAAGCAGGCUCACCUACAGAGGAGUUCAAGGCUUUUGUGACAGAUACAGGCAUGAACCGCAGUCAAUCAGAAUACUGUAAUGUAGGCACUAAAACCUACCUAACCAACCACCCAGCCAAGAAGUACGUCUUUGACUUCAUGAGGGUCCUUAUCAUGGACAACCUAUGCAUGACGCCUGCCAGUAAGCAGACCCCCAUCAUUGACCUUCUGCUAGAGGCCUCACCAGAGCGCUCCACCAGAACCCAGCAGAAGGAAUUUCAGUCCUACAUCUUGGACAGUGUGAUGGAACAGCUCCUCGCUGCAGAUGUUCUACUGGGUGAGGAGGCAUCAUUGCCAAUAACAACUGGAGGAAGUUACCAUGUCUUGGUAAAUAACGUCUUCUACUUCACCCAGCGUGUGGUGGAUAAGCUGUGGCAGGGAAUGUUUAACAAAGAGUCCAAGCUAGUGGUGGAUUUCAUAGUUCAACUGAUCAACCAGUCCAAACGGCGAUCUCAGGGUUUGUCUCUGGACUCAAUCUACCAUUGUCUGAACAGAACGAUCCUCUACCAGCUCUCCCGACCACACAAGACGGUUCCACAACAGGUGACACUGCUGGAUUCACUGCGUGUGCUGACGGUAAACCGAAACCUUGUGCUGGGACCUGGCAACCACGACCAGGAUUUUGUGGCCUGCUUGGCCCACUGCUUAAUCAACCUGCACACGGGGAGUAGUGUGGAGGGCUUUGGUCUGGAGGCCGAGGCCAGAAUGACCACCUGGCAUGUCGCAGUUCCUUCUGAGAAUGAGUCAGACAACGUCCAUAGCCAGGAUGCUAGCGAAGGUCGUCAGUUGCUGCUUAAGGCAGUGAAUCGUGUGUGGACUGAGCUCAUGCACAGUAAGAGGCAAAUGCUGGAGGACAUAUUUAAAGUGUCUCUACCUGUCAAUGACAGAGGACACGUGGACAUUGGUACUGCCCGACCUGCUCUGGAGGAACCUGCUGCCAAAAGCUGGCAGAAUCACUUGGUCCAUGAAAAGAAAUGCAUCAGUAGAGGUGAGACUGUUGCUCCAGUGAAUCAGUCCAAACUCUCUCGAGUCAGCAGUGGCUUUGGUCUGUCAAAAUUGACCGGUUCCCGUCGCAGCAAGAAGGAAAGCGGAAUGAACAAAAACAACCUCUCUGCUCAGGAAACCUUCCAGUGGAUGUUUACGCACAUCGCUGUGGUUCGGGACUUGGUAGCAAUGCAGUACAAGGAGUAUCAAGAGAGGCAGCAGAAUGCUUUGAAGUAUGUUAUGGAUGAGUGGGCAGGGAUUGAAUAUGAGCUGCUUCGGGAGAGGGGCCUCUGGGGUCCUCCUAUUGGCUCCCACCUGGACAAAUUUCAGUUGGACAUGACUGAGGGACCCUGUAGAAUGAGGAAGAAGAUGGUUCGGAACGAUAUGUUUUACAUUCACUAUCCUUAUGUACCUGAUCCCGAGCCUAACACAAGCACUCAGAAACCAGUGCGUUACCGGCGAGCGAUCAGCUAUGACAGUAAGGAGUAUUACAUGAGGCUGCUGUCAGGGAACCCGGGGAUGUACCAGCACUCUAUAGAGCAAAACACAGAGGGAGAGACAACACAACAGGAGCCUGAACAUGGAGAGGACACCAUUGCAAGAGUCAAAGGUCUGGUGAAGGCUCCGUUAAAGCGGUCCCGCUCCACAGCAGAUGGGGCUGAUGAGGACAGUCAAGACCAGCUUCAGGAGUUGCUAGAGUCAGGAGCCAUGGACGAGGAGCAGAAAACUGAUAACACCACACUUCUCCGUCUGCUGGAGGAGGGAGAGAAGAUCCAGCACAUGUACCGCUGUGCUCGAGUUCAGGGUCUGGACACCAGUGAAGGGCUGCUCUUAUUUGGGAAAGAACAUUUCUACGUGAUCGACGGCUUUACUAUGACUGUCACCAGAGAGAUUAGAGACAUUGAGACACUACCUGCAAAUAUGCAUGAGCCGAUCAUUCCUCGGGGGGCCCGGCAGAGUAAAAGUCAGCUGAAAAGAACCUGCAGCAUCUUUGCUUAUGAAGACAUCAGAGAGGUGCACAAACGUCGAUACCUGCUUCAGCCAAUGGCAGUAGAAGUGUUUUCCGGAGAUGGGAGAAAUUACCUGUUAGCUUUCCAAAAAGGAGUCCGGAACAAAGUCUAUCAGAGAUUCCUGGCAGUCGUUCCCUCACUAGCCGACAGCUCAGAGUCAGUUUCUGGACAACGUCCCAACACCAGUGUAGAACAGGGGUCUGGCCUUCUCAGUACGCUUGUUGGCGAGAAGUCGGUGACCCAAAGAUGGGAGAGAGGAGAAAUCAGUAACUUCCAGUAUCUGAUGCAUCUCAACACAUUGGCCGGAAGGUCAUAUAAUGACCUGAUGCAGUAUCCAGUCUUUCCAUGGAUCCUGGCAGACUUUGACUCUGAGGAACUGGACCUCAGCAAUCCAAAGACAUUCCGAAACUUAUCCAAACCUAUGGGAGCUCAGACAGAUGACAGGUUGAUCCAGUACAAGAAAAGAUUCAAAGACUGGGAGGAUCCUAAUGGGGAGACUCCAGCAUAUCAUUAUGGCACUCAUUACUCCUCUGCAAUGAUUGUGGCCUCAUAUCUUGUCAGAAUGGAGCCAUUCACACAGAUAUUCCUCAGGCUUCAGGGAGGACAUUUUGAUCUGGCCGACCGAAUGUUCCACAGUGUCCGAGAGGCAUGGCUCUCUGCUUCCAAGCACAACAUGGCUGAUGUAAAAGAGCUCAUCCCAGAGUUUUUCUACCUUCCUGAGUUCCUGCUCAAUUCCAACAACUUCGACCUUGGGAGUAAACAAAAUGGCACCAAGCUUGGAGAUGUGAUUCUGCCUCCAUGGGCGAAAGGAGACCCAAGAGAGUUUAUCAGGGUUCACAGAGAGGCUUUGGAGUGUGACUACGUCAGCGCCCAUUUGCAUGAAUGGAUUGACCUGAUAUUUGGUUAUAAGCAACAGGGUCCUCCAGCAGUGGAGGCUGUAAAUGUCUUCCACCAUCUCUUCUAUGAGGGCCAGGUGGACAUCUACAACAUUAAUGACCCACUUAAAGAAACCGCUACCAUUGGAUUCAUCAACAACUUCGGCCAGAUCCCAAAACAGCUGUUCAAGAAGCCCCAUCCUCCAAAGCGGGUGCGCAGUAAAUCCAACGGAGAGGUCCCUGGUGUGCCAGUUACUCUGAACUCCACCUUAGACAAGAUCUUCUUCCAUCACCUGGACAACUUGCGGCCCUCUCUCACCCCUGUUAAAGAGCUAAAGGAGCCAGUGGGUCAGAUAGUGUGCACUGACAAGGGCAUUCUGGCUGUCGAGCAGAACAAGGUGUUGGUUCCUCCUGCCUGGAAUAAGACCUUCGCCUGGGGCUAUGCUGAUCUCAGCUGCAGACUUGCCAACUAUGAGUCUGACAAGGCGGUGGUAGUAUAUGAGUGUUUGUCUGAGUGGGGGCAGAUCCUGUGUGCUAUCUGCCCAAACCCCAAGCUGGUCAUUACUGGAGGGUUCAGCACAGCCAUCUGUGUGUGGGAGACCGGGACAUCCAAAGAGAAAGCCAAGACCCUCACACUCAAACAGGCUCUUCUGGGCCACACAGAUGCAGUUACAUGCCUCACAGCAUCAUCAGCUUACCACAUUGUCGUGAGUGGCUCUCGAGACCGUACGUGCAUCAUUUGGGACCUGAAUAAGUUGUCUUUCGUCACCCAGCUGAGGGGCCACCGAGCUCCUGUCUCAGCACUCUGCAUCAACGAGCUUACUGGCGAUAUUGUAUCCUGUGCUGGCACAUACAUCCAUGUGUGGAGCAUCAAUGGAAGCCCCAUCGCCAGCACCAAUACGUUCACAGGCCGGAGCCAACAAAUCCUGUGCUGCUGUGUCUCAGAGAUGAACGAGUGGGACACACAGAAUGUCAUCGUCACAGGACACUCCGACGGUGUAGUCAGGUUUUGGAGAAUUGAGUUCCUGCAAGUCCCAGAAACCCCUGCUCCAGAGCCUGUUGAGCCCCCCGAUGUGCCAGACUGCUGUGGAGAGAUUGAGGGACGUGACGCUCCAGAUGAUGACAGCAGUGAGUCUGAGGGAGAGGAAACCAGCCUCAGUCAAGACCCCAAACCUCGCACUUCAAAUAGCCAGCCCAGCAGCACCGUCCACAGACCUAAACCCCACAAUGGAGCCUCCUGGUCGGUGGGCAGCAGCUCUGACGACUCCCGCCGCUGGUCGGACACACUCAGCAUUGACGAGAAGGAAGGCUUUGUUUUCGUAAACUACUCAGAGGGCCAGAUUAGAGCAGGAAUGCCCUCGCACCCACAUUCCCAACCCCACUCAGCACCCCCACAUGGGCCAGUGCCACAACCCCUUCAGCCCAAUACUAUGGAGGCUCGGUCCUACAACAAACUCAAGCCAGGCUACAGAUGGGAGAGACAGCUGGUGUUCCGGAGCAAACUCACCAUGCACACAGCGUUUGACCGCAAGGACAAUGCGCAUCCUGCGGAAAUCACUGCACUUGCCAUUUCAAAAGACCACAGUAAGAUCCUGAUAGGUGAUGGCCGUGGCCGAGUGUUCAGCUGGUCUGUCAGUGAUCAGCCAGGACGCUCUACUGCAGAUCACUGGGUGAAGGACGAGCAGGUGGACAGCUGCUCUGGAUGCACUGUACGCUUCUCCCUCACUGAAAGACGCCACCACUGCAGAAACUGUGGCCAAGUCUUCUGCCAGAAGUGCAGUCGCUUCCAAUCAGAGAUCAAGCGGCUGAAAAUCUCCUCUCCUGUGCGUGUGUGUCAGAACUGUUACUACAACCUGCAGCAUGAGCGGGGCUCUGAAGAAAGCCCGAGAAACUAGAUCUUUCUCUCCCACAUCACACUCCAAACCCUAUACCCCAACCACCCGCUAAAAAAAAACAUUUCACUGCUCCUCAUGCAAAAACCCAUUUGUAUAGCAUUGACGUAGACCAAAAUGGGAUCACUAAUCCUUAUAAUUUCAUAUAUUACGGAAGUGUGACCAUUAGAGAAAGACAAUUGUAGGUUUACUUUUUCCAUUUAUGCAGUUUCUUUUGCAGUAUGCUCAAGUCAUCUUUGCAUUGGUAUCGUCCACAAAGUUUGCAACGUUUAGAUUUUAGAAAAAGCAAUGUGUAUAACACACUUCCUCAUAAAAUUAGAUGAUAUUUGUUUAUAUUGUAUAUACUUGCAAUGGCCUUUUUAACUAUAAACAAACAAAAAGUCAUUUAAGAGAUAAAAGAACAAAAAUCAAAACACAACACAUUGCUUGUAAUAUAGUAUUAUGUUAAAAAUCACUCCUGGCUUUAAAAACAAAAAUGUGCGCGUGUGUAGUCAAUGUCACAAGUCACAGCAUCCCAGUGUGAAUAAUAUUGGAGACUAUGAAUGUUGAUAAUAAAUGUUUGUGGGUUCUAAUUAUGCAAAUAUGAUUAAUUAUUUUGUUUAAUUAUUCUGUUUUAUUCUUAUUUGUUGUAAGGAAGUGUUGCCCACAGUAUCAGCUUGUUGCCAUAGAACAGCAGACAACUACAGAACUUGGUUUUAAUGUAAAAUUUUGUUGCCAAGCUGCCUUGAUCUGUAACUAUUAUCAUAUAUUUUUACAGUCUUAUAGGGCAACGGUAGUAUGUACAUUUUGAAUUUAGAGUAAACACAGCUGUUUUUUAACUGUUCUAAAUCGUUUUUUAAAGACAGAAUUUAGAUGGAAGCCUUUAAAUCAUUUCACCAAAAUUGUUAUGAUGCAUUUCUAAGACAGAAGUGUUUGUAGACAAUUGAAAGACUAGAAUAUGAAACAUGUUUAUGUAUGUCUGUUCUCUAAAUUUUGGGUCGUGUGGGACUUAUCCAUUAUUUAUUACUCUCUUACACUAACCCAGCUCUUAAAAAUUAAUGUUUUUUUUUUUUUGUUUGUUUUUUUUUAUUAAAAACAGCCAUUUCAUUCUUUUUUGUAUUGAAAAUCUCACAAAGUAAUGUUAAGUUUGAAUCGUUUGCAAUGUUGCACCAAUUUAAAUGUUUGUCUGUAGAUAAUGAAAGCAAUAGUUACUGAUGUUUUCACUCCACGUGCAUUUUAGGAAAGAGUGUACCUUGAAAGUUAUUGUGUGUAAUGAAAAAAGGGAUGAACACUUUUUAAUGUAUAAUGAAAGACUGGAAGCCUAGUGUCUUUAUACUUUAGUUUAGACUAUGGAAGAGAAAGUUUGUUGUUUUCAUCUAUUCAUUUGUCAGUGAUACUGUGGGCAAUACCCUAUUAAAAGUGCUGCUUUUCAUUAAUAGAGAGAAUUCUUUUCUCUUUCUGUCUUUAAAGUCUUACAUUUGCAUCCUUUUUAAAAGAUGAAAAAUGUGUUACACAUGCAGUUGUUUUUAUUCAUUGUUUUAUGAUUUUGGUCAUUUGUGAUACAGCCUAAUAUGCACUCGUUAUAGUUUAAAGAGCACCUAUUAUGGUUUAUCAAAUAUUAUCUUUCAUGUAGUGUGUUAUAUAGCUGUUUGUGAAUGUAAAAAAAUCUGCAAAGUUUCAAAAUCAAAGUGCACGACAAAUGGAGUUAUUGACUCACAAUAUUUUGAACGAUUCUGAACACCUGAAACGAGUUGUUAGUAAUUCCAGACUUACUUCCUGUACUAACCUACGAAAUUUGGUAACAAAAAACCCGCCUCUGGUCUUCAUUGGCUGCUCGCGAACAGCUUUUACCCGCCCUCAAACACUACACUAAGCGGAAGACCAAUCACAACAGACUGAGACAUCUGACCAAUCAGAGCAGAGUAGGAUCUCUGAAAGGAGGAGUUUAGAAUGAAUCCUUUAGAAUGGAUCAUUGAACGAGUCGUUUUUGACACUGGGAAAAAAAGGUAAUGCUGCAAUUUAAAUUAUGAGCAAUGAAAGUGUUUUUUGACCUUGGAUGCAUGUAAAUCUAUUGUAUGAGACCUUUAAAACAAAAUUAGGCAUGUUUAAAAACCAUAAUAGGUGCUCUUUAAUUAUUGUUCAUUAAUGUACUGUAAUUCAGUGUGCAAUCGUGACAUCAAGCUGUUGGAAUUUUGCUGUCAACAAGCAGCUUAAGGAUCAAAUGGCUAGAUCAAUUUGAAAUUAUUUGUGCACCUUGACAUGUAGAAGGUAAAGAAAGACAAAGUAAUCAUUGUUUUAUCAGAUGCAUUUUUAUGUUGUGGGACAUUAUUUGAAAGGAGUAUACAUUUCUUUACAUUAAGAUGAACUGUACAAAGUAUUUAUGCAAUUACAAUGUUUUCUUUUUGUAUGAUUGUGAUUUAUUUUGUAAUUUCUCAGCAAGUUUGCUUACUUGUUGCAUGUCUAACACAGCUGUUAGUGUAUUGUACAUUUUCUGGCAUUAUGUUUUAUUUGUUUUCUCUUUUGGCUCAUUUUUAUGGCAUUAUCUAAUGAGUUGAUCCUGAAGAUUUUGUGUACAGUUUAGGCAGAAAUCUGGGUUGACUUUUAUACUGUGUAUGGAUGUUAAGGACCGAUCCCAGGACAGAUUAAAUACACACAGAUUGUCCCUUUUUCAUGGUCUUGUGAUAGACUGCAUAACUACAGUAUAUAGUGUGCAAAACUGUGGUAUCUGAAUGUUCAUUGUAUAUUUGUGUUGAAAAACAAUAACAUGACCCCUCCCCAUAGCGUAACCCUAUACAUGUUAUUAUGAUGCAAUAGAUAUGGUACUCAUACUUUUUAAUUUAAUUUCAAUUAAAAACUUGCUGUUUA